AUGGGAGAUAUAAGGAAGAAGGCGAUGGAUAACCGCACAUUUAGAAGUGACACUGUGCUUUCCGAUGUUCACUUGCACUGUCCAAACAAGAGACAUCUCAUGGUGCGACUGAAUGCAGUCGGACAACCAGUAUUCCUGUCGUGUUUCAAACUCCUGUGGAACACAGAAGAUUCGGCAUCUGAGCAACAUGUGAGAGAAGCUACAACAGAAAAAGAACACCAGCACAGAGGUGUAGAGGGACUGUGUGACAAGGAUGGGAAUAAUCCAAAAAAAGAAAGAGAAUUAAAUAGUGAAGGAGUAGAAGCUCUGCUAGAUGAUGACGGAGACUUGGAAGUGGUCAGAAGACCUCAAAGUGCCUCUGAUUUAGAAGCGGAGGAUAUUUUGAGGGACAGAGUGUAUCCUGUAAUUCUGAUGAAAGGGAAAGAAGAUGCUUUUGAAGAUGAAGAACAAGAAUGCACUUGCAGUGAUGUUGUUAAAAUAGAACAUACUAUGGCAACACCCUUAGAAGAUGUUGGUAAACAAGUCUGGCGUGCAGCCUUUCUUCUUGCUGAUUACAUUCUGUUUAAACGGGACAUGUUCAGGUGUUGCUCAGUGCUAGAGCUUGGAGGUGGCACCGGAAUCACAAGCGUUAUCAUGGGAACAGUUGCCAGGAGAGUUUAUUGCACAGAUGUUGGUGAAGAUCUUCUGGCCAUGUGUGAGCAAAAUGUUGCGUUAAACAAACACUUGAUGGAGCCGGGCAGAGGGGAAAUUAAAGUGAAAGAAUUGGACUGGCUGAAAGAUGAAUUUUGCACUGAUCCUGAAGCUCCUUAUAGCUGGUCUGAAGAAGAGAUUGCUGAUUUGCAUGAGCACUGUACUGUGAUAAUGGCAGCUGAUGUGUUCUAUGAUGAUGACCUGACAAAUGCCUUGUUCAGAACACUGUAUAGAAUCACACACAACUUGAGGAAUUCUUGCACAGUUUACCUAGCAUUAGAAAAGAGGCUGAACUUCACUUUAAGACAUAUGGAUGUUACAUGUGAAGCCUACAGUCAUUUUAGAAAUACUCUAAAUGAUUUGGAGAACCUCCAAGAUAGAAAAAUGAAAUAUACUGUGGAGCCCAUUAAGCUCGAUUUCUGCCAGUUUCUCAUUUAUGAACGAAUUGAGCAGUUGGAAUUGUGGAAGAUCAUUGCUGAACACCUAACAUGA